UAGGCUCCCAAUUGUUUUGGUAAUUUUUACGGGGUUAAAUUGUAUUACUUUGGCAGCAACGUGCAAAGGCGCAAUGGGAGUCGAAGAGAAGGUAUUUUCCUGGGUAACGCUUGUAAUUUUAGCUUGUGGCUCUGUAAACGGUAAACAUGUAGGCCUCCAGUCCUUAAUGCGAAGUAAAAAGCCACACAAAACCGAUAGUUACUAUGUAAACGAGCCACAGACCGUGAAGUCCGAACAUUUGGACCAGGCCGCUCCCAUUUCGUUGAUCUGUAAUGAAAAGAACAUGACGUUAAUUGUGAAAGCCGACUUGCACAAGAACGGGAUCCUGCUUUCAGCCGCGGAGUUGCUACUGGGACAAGACCUGUCUGCGGGUCCAGCUUGUAAAGCUUUCCCGCUCAGCGAUGUUGAAUAUGCGAUCCAAGCGAGCCUACACGAGUGUGGUACCAUGUUGACUAUUGAGGAGGACUCUUUGGUCUACUCUAAUGUGCUGACUGUAUCUCCCAUGGCUACCAGUGGUAUCAUUAGGACAAGUAGUGUGAUUAUUCCCAUUGCGUGCCACUAUCAGAGGAGACAUUUUGUGAGCAGUGGUCCUCUGUAUCCAUCUUGGAAUGAUUUUGCAUCCACCACCGCUGCGAUGGAUCUCUUGGACUUCUCCCUACGACUUAUGGCUGGUACUACAGCUGACGGGCACUCUAAAGGCUCUUCAAAAAAUCAUUUUUUGGGGGAGCUCUUGCGAGUUGAAGCCUCAGUCAACCUUGCCAGCCAUGUGCCCCUGCGGAUCUUUAUCGACACCUGCAUUGCAACUAUGGAUCCUGAUGUGAACUCUGAACCAAGAUACGCCAUCAUUAAAAACCAUGGGUGUCUCUCUGAUGCCAAGGUUAAAGGGUCCCAUGCUCAGUUUGAGCACAGAUCCUUGGAUGAAAAGCUCCAGAUUACAAUUGAUGCCUUUGUGUUCCCUGAGGGCUUCCCUGAGAGUGAGAUCUAUAUCACAUGUCAACUGAAGGUGACUGCAGCCUCCCAGAACCCUGAUGCCAUGAGCAAAGCCUGCUCCUAUGUUGGUGGACGGUGGCAGAGUGUGGAUGGUCAAGACUCUGUGUGCAGCUGCUGUGAUUCUACCUGCCAGGGCAGUGAAGCUGGUGUUCUAUAUACAAGAACUUUGGGAUUGGGACCCAUUGGUGUGGUUGACAAGGACAAAACUGGGUGAUUCCUUUGAGCUAAUAAAGCAAUGUGACAUGGCGUUCUUUGUGCUUCACAAAUUGCCAUUGUCCCAUGGUCCAUCUACAUGUAAA